AGAAAUCGAGCCGUUGCCACUCUACCUACUUUUCUCCCGUCGCAACAUUCAAAAAACAAACAAAAAAAACUUUUCUCCCGUCAGACGGCGGAGCCGAGCAUGUCCCGCGCCUUUCCUCGCCGGAGGCGCCGGCGGCUGCUCCUCCGUCCCUCGCUCCACGCCGUCUUUUCCCGCCUCCAUGGCGCCUUCGCAAACCGCGCCGAUCAGUAUCCACGAGCCCCCGCCCGCCGCGACCUCCACACCGCCGAUGACCAGGUCCGCGCGGUGCUCGACGAAAGGCCGCGCCGGGACGCCGUGGCCUACGCCGCCACGAUCGGCCUCCACCUGAGGUCCCGCGACCUCCCGCGCGCGCAGGCGCCCGCGUCCGCCCGCGGCCCCCAUCCGGACACCGUCACGCUCGACGGGCACCUCAAGGCCGGCCGCGUCGACCGCGCCCGCAGGCUGUUCGACGGAAUGGCGGUCAAGAGCGUGGCGGCGUGGACCUCCAUGGUAUCCGGGUACUGCCGCGCCGGGCGUGUCGACGAGGCGCGCAAGCUGUUCGACGCGAUGCCGGCCCGCAACGUCGUCUCCUGGACGGCGAUGGCGCAGGGGUACGCGCGCAGCGGGAUGCUGAGGGAGGCGAGGGAGCUGUUCGACCAGAUGCCGGAGAGGAACGUGGUCACCUGGACGGUCAUGGUGAAGGCCUACGCCGACCACGGCCACUUCCAGGAGGCCAUGGAGCUGUUCGACAGGAUGCCCCAGAGGAACCCGUAUUCUUGGAGCGCCAUGAUCUCCGGUUUCCUCCGUGCUGGGAAAGUGGACGAGGCGGUCCGGCUGUUCGAGAGGAUGCCGGGUAGGAAUGUGGUUUCUUGGACCACGAUGGUCACUGGCUUAGCGCAGAACGGUCGCGUUUCGAUGGCGAGAGAGUUCUUCGACAGAAUGCCGAGAAACAAGGACAUUGCGGCAUGGAAUGCGAUGGUCACUGCUUAUGCCAACGACGGCCAGAUGAACGAGGCUCGGAGAUUGUUUGAUUCGAUGCCCGCAAAGAACCUGGUGAGCUGGAAUGCCCUGAUCCAUGGCUAUGCCAAGGACGAGCGUAAGGACGAAGUGAUUGGUUUAUUUCUUCUCAUGCUCCGGUCAGCAGUAUCUCCUGACAUCACCACAUUGAUCAGUGUCUUGGUUACAUCCAACAGCACAGUUGAAGUUGAGCAAAUCCAUGGUUUCGCUACCACACGAGGUCUCCUGUCAGAUACCUCCUUAGGAAACGCUCUGAUCACCAUGUACUCAAGGAGUGGGGACCUGCGCUCUGCCUGGCAAGCUUUCAAGAUGUUACAAGAGAAGGAUGCCAUCACAUGGACAUCGAUGAUGCAAGCCUUCGCCAACCAUGGCCGUGCCUCCUACGCGCUGCAGGCCUUCGCUCAGAUGCUGCGACAUGGAUACAAAACCAGCUCAACCACCUUCACCGCAGUGCUGUCAGCCUGCAGCCAUGCCGGUCUUGUCGACAAAGGCCGGGCAAUCUUCGCAUCAGUUCGCCGCUACGGGCUCGAGCCAACAAUCGAGCACCACACCUGCCUUGUUGACAUCCUCGGCCGUGCAGGGCAUGUGAGGGAAGCAAUGAAGAUCGUCGCCGCCAUGCCAUUGGAUAUGCGCGACGACGCUGUCCUGAGGACGCUGCUGGGGGCCUGCAUGAUGCAUAAUGAGGUGGAUGCAGCAAGGGAAGUGGGGGAGGCUCUUGCCAAGUCUGACGGCCCCCCUGGUUCAGAUUCAGAUGGCUACUACAAGGUUCUGGCCAAUGUGUUUGGGUCAGGUGGGAGGUGGGAGGAGAUGGCAGGUGUGUGGAAGGCUAUGAAGGGGAGCAACGUGAGGAGGACGCCCGGGGUUAGCCAGAUCGUGGUGGAUGCGAGGACCCACAUGUUCUUCUCCAGGGAUCAGGGGCAUCCACAGUGUGCAGAGAUAUAUGAGAUGCUGGACGACGCGCUUGUCCCCCAGAUGAUGAAGAAGGAUCGACCGACUGAAACAGUGUGAGCUGUCGAUGCAGUUGCAAGCUUGCACCAGCUGAUCAAUCUCUUUGAAUUUUUUCCAGGGUGAUCGAUCUCUUUGAUGAACAAGCUUAUUUUAUUCCACGAACAAUGCUUUGACACACAAUACAGAUAUAUGAGAUGCUGGACGACACGCUUGUCCCUCCGGUGAAGGUUAAUGUGAUAAAAUACCACAUUCUAAUUUCCUGACAGAAAAGAGGAAUGCCAACCUAGAGCCCUGUGUGCACCAAACUCCUGAACUCCUGAACCCCAGGAAAUCUGGAGCUGUGUUUCAGAAUGUAUUGGUGCUGAUAUAUACACCCAUCAGUGUCCUCUUCUUGUCCAUUUGGGAGGCAUGUUUGGUGCUGUCAAUGCUCUUGGUGGAGGUGCUGAAGAUCUCACUGGGAUUUGUUGGCAAUCAGUUGAUUCAGAGAUAAGGCAUGAGAAGGAAGAAAGGAAGAGCAAGAAGACAUCUCUGAAAGAUGGUCGAUUGGCUAGACGAACCUGCAUGUGUAGAAGCUGCUGCUGCUGUUCAUUACCGCAAGUGCGGCAACAUUGAAAGCCAGCCCAGGGCCUGUGACUAGAAGGCAACUAGCUGCAGCAUCUCAGAGCCAGGCAGCUGUUUCUCUACAAAGAAAUGU